CGAAAUUAUAGUUUUUGCCCUGUAUCUCCCGGGCGUGCGACAGAAUCUCCAACUCAGGCAUCCCGCGAAUCUCACAUCCCAGCCCCUAACCCCGCCACCCUCACAAACGACCGCCACCAAGACUCGCGAUGCCGCGACUCUCACAAUGUACGCUCCCCCUCCCGGGGCGUCUAAAAGCACUACCCCUCCCCGUGAUCCGCAUCAUCGGGGCCGUCGUAUUCGGGAACAUGAUAUGCUGGGCGGCCGUAGGCGUCGUGCUGCACUACUACCCAGCGAUGAUCAGCCCGGCCGUCCUCUCCUACACCCUCGGGCUCCGACACGCACUAGACGCGGACCACAUCAGUGCCAUCGACCUCAUGACGCGACGUCUCAUCGCCUCGGGCCAGCGCCCCGUAACCGUCGGCACGUUCUUCAGCCUCGGACACUCCACCAUCGUCAUCAUCACGUGCAUCGUCGUCGCCGCUACCUCCGGCGCUUUACGCGAUCGCUUCGAUAACUUCCAGUACGUCGGGGGUAUCAUAGGCACGAGUGUCAGCGCGGCGUUUCUCAUCCUGCUUUGUCUGGGGAAUGGAUGGGUUUUGUAUCGCUUGGUUAAACGUCUGCGUAGUGUGCUUGCGGAGGAGGACCCCCAUCACCCCGAGAGCGAGGGCGAGGAUGAGGACCAGGCGGCGACGAAUUUGCAGCUUGAGGGCGCGGGGUUCUUGGCGGGUGUUUUUAGGAGGCUUUUUCGCAUCGUGGAUAGGCCGUGGAAGAUGUACCCCCUAGGCGUCCUCUUUGGACUGGGUUUCGAUACGAGUUCCGAGAUUGCUAUUCUGGGUAUUGCGAGUAUCCAGGGCGCACAAGGGACGAGUCUUUGGAUUAUCCUUAUUUUCCCACUAUUGUUCACAGCGGGCAUGUGUAUGCUCGACACGACCGACGGCGCCCUGAUGAUGGCAUUAUACACCUCCAAAGCAUUUGCCCGGGAUACCGUCGCCAUACUCUAUUACUCCAUCGUACUAACCGGCAUCACGGUCGUGGUUUCGGCCUUCAUUGGUAUCAUCCAGCUGCUAUCUCUCGUCCAAAACGUCGCCGAACCCGAGGGCUCUUUCUGGGAUGGCUUAAGUGAGAUUAGUGACCACUUCGAGAUCGUCGGCGGUUCUAUUUGCGGUCUUUUCCUCGUAGCUGGGCUUGGGUCUGUGCUUAUUUACGGACCUUGGAGACGGAGGGCUGAAAGAAGGAGAGCGGCGGCGGCGGUGAGGCUGCCGAGCGAUGAUGCUGGUGGCGAGUUUCGAGAUGUGGAGAGUUGAUCUACUGGGGUCCGUUUAGUGCUAAAGUGAAGAGACAUGGUUAUAUACCCAGGCAUGUGAUAUU